AUGACUACCACAUUAAAGUCACUUGAAAACACAGAAGAGAAAAAUCAAACAUACAUAACUGAAUUCAUUUUGCUGGGAUUUGGAGAACACCACGAGGCAUUGCAGAUUCCGCUUUUCCUCUUGUUCCUUGUCAUCUAUUUUGUGACUAUGGCUGGGAACAUCCUCAUCCUUAUGCUAGUUGCUACUGAUCGACACCUUCACACCCCCAUGUACUUCUUCCUUGGGAACCUCUCAUGCUUGGAGACCUGCUGCAGCUCAAAUAUCUUGCUAAGAUUGUUAUCCAGUUUCCUUACAGGGAGGAAGACAAUUUCAGUCAAUGCUUGUUUUGUGCAACUUUAUUUGUUUGGCUCUUUAGCAACUGUGGAAUGCUAUCUAUUAUCAGCAAUGUCCUAUGACAGGUACUUAGCUAUAUGUAAGCCUCUGCAUUAUGUCAUCAUGAUGAAUGGCAAGUUGUGUCUCCAACUAAUUGCCACGUCUUGGAUUAGUGGUUUUCUGGCAAGUAUUCUGCCAAUAAUUUUAAUCUCCAAGUUAGUUUUCUGUGUUAGCAAUAAAAUUGACCAUUUCUUUUGUGACUCCUUUGAAAUCAUAGAAUUGUCUUGCAGUGACAUACACAUAUUAAAACUGAUUAUAUAUGUUGUGUGCUCUAUAUGCACCUUUCCUCCCUUUACAUUGACCUUAACAUUCUACUUUUUCAUCAUUGUAGCGAUAAUGAAAAUCCCUUCCACCACAGGGAAACAAAAGGCAUUUUCCACUUGUUCCUCUCAUCUCUUGGUAGUUACACUUUUCUAUGGCACACUGAUCAGUGUCUAUGUGAUACCAAACAGCAAUAGACUGAAUGGCCUUCACAAAAUCUUCUCUGUCUUCUACACCAUCCUGACUCCCAUGCUCAAUCCUAUCAUAUAUAGCUUGAGAAAUAAAGAAGUAAAGGAUGCCUUGAGAAGACUCACCUCAUUCCUAGUAGUGCAAACACAGAAGAAAAGACAGAAAUGGACCUAA